AUGGCCAUUCACAAGGCGCGGCAGGCGGAACAAGACGGCCUUAACCCGCACCUGUCGAUUAUCAAGGCGGACACCGCUAUAGCCGAAGGACGAGGCUUCCCGGCGUAUCCUCUCGUCGUCGACGCCCGCAAAAGAGGCCUUGUUCCCGGUAUGCGUUACCGAGGACUCCGGGAGUAUCUAAUUUGGGGAGAGAUCUCGCAAGAGUCGAUUAUCUAUGAUCUCCCCUUCCAGGUUCUACGCACGCUUACGUCAAGCGACCUCGGCGUCGCCGACCUACUCGCCUUAGACGACAUCGAUCCGGCGCCUCGCAUGAGUCUGGGGCGUAUACGCCGGUCACUUCUGGGUCAAGAAGUUCUUCUGGACGAAUCGGCCGGCCACGUCAUCGGGAGAUUGGUGGCUCUUUUUGGGCUUGGAACACUGUCGCCGCCGGAGGCAAUCAGACAGUUUGUUUACGACCUUUUUCAAGGCUGGGUUCUUGGCGCUUUUAACGUCUGGGAUAUGGCAGACGAAUUUGUCGUUGGCUUACAGGAUGGCGAGGCACGGUCUGGCGGCGCUGUUAUUGUUUUAGACGAUCCCGAGGAGGCGGACCUGAAAGCGGGCUUCAUUUGCGGAGUCGUCGGGGCCCAGAAGGCCUUGAAAAAGGAGCGCCGUUUGGUGCGCAAGUAG